UUUCACCUUUCAGGGUUAGGCUGUUUGAUGGUGCCGGAUCAACUCUGAUCAAGACACUUCUCUCAGCAACUUGUUAAGAACCUUCUCACUAUUCUGGUGGUCCACAAGAUGACCUCCUUUUGUGCCUCUCCGAUUAGCUUUUCAUCUAGUUCCAGCUUAAUGGUGUUUUCGAAAAGAUGUGCCUCCACUAAUCCGUUUGUGGUUAUGACGAGGGGUAGGAUUGAUGUAGAGUAUCACAAUAUCCGGCCGGUUGUGCGCAAUGGGUCUGUCAGUGACGAGUGGAUGGUCCCAAUACAGUUUCAUCUCCUCAUUUUCCAGUAUUUCUUUAGGGCGAUGGCUUGGUGGUAUGCCUUUGCCAUGGCAUUGUGGCGGUCCGUGUAUUCCCUUGGAGCGAGGAUGGGGCAGGAUGACGUGACGUGUUGGAUUGUUUCAGUCGCCUGGGAGCAUUUGCGGCAUUUGUCAUUAGGGCGGUGGGGUAUCUUCCAUGGAGAGCUUUGCCGUGCCAUAUUUCGGAUAGUUCUUCGAUGCUUUUAGGUUCAAUGGGAUGGUUGCUCGAUGCCAGAUUUAAUGCUGUGAUGUUGUUGUCUUCAUCAGAUAUGGCUUUGAAAAAAGGGUGUCACAUAAUUUGGUGAGAUCUUGUUUGAACCGUUCCCCGAUGCUUUUGAUGCGGAAUUCGGAUGCUAUGCGUGCGACCUUUUUGGAUGUUUUUCUGCUUGGUGAGUUCGUGUUCAGGCGUUGUUUCCAUGGUGGUUCCUUGUCUUCUUUUGGUUUUGGCUGUCUACUGGUGAUAUGUAUUUUAUUUUCUUGACAAACUGUAACAGCUCCAGCAAAUACACAGUCUACCACUUCUUCGAGGGUGGAGUUUCUUUUUAGGGUUGA